AUAUAACUCCAUCUUUGCCCCUCUGUCCUCUUCAACCUCCUCUAUUUUCCCCCUCCUUGCCGGACCGAUUCACCACCACCACCACCACCAUCGUCAUCAUCAUGCCUUCUUCCCUUCAACUCCACCCCUUCAAUCCCGGCACAGCCUUGGACUGCCACAAGCAGCCUCCACCGCUCUCCACGCGCUGCCUUGUCGUUCCUCUCUCCUCUUCCAAGCUUGACCUCCCUCCGGUUCCGGACUCGGUUCUUUUCCAGCACGCGCACGAGGUGGGGCUUGGCCAGUGCUGCUCCGUCGUGAUCCAGUCCAUCCACGCGCCCGUCUCCACCGUCUGGUCCGUGGUUCGCCGCUUUGAUAACCCCCAGGGCUAUAAGCAUUUCGUAAAGAGCUGCCACGUCAUCGACGGCGAUGGCCACGGCAUUCACGUCGGCGCCGUCCGGGAGGUCCACGUGGUGUCCGGCCUUCCUGCCGUGUCCAGCACCGAGCGCUUGGAGAUCCUCGACGAUGAGCGGCACGUCAUCAGCUUCAGCGUCGUCGGCGGAGACCACCGCCUGAGCAACUACCGGUCGGUCACGACCUUGCACGCUAACGGGAACGAGACGGUGGUCAUCGAAUCGUACGUCGUCGACGUCCCUCAGGGCAACACGAAGGAAGAGACAUGCGUGUUCGUCGACACGAUCGUACGGUGCAAUUUGCAAUCCUUGGCCCAGAUCGCAGAGAACAUGGCCAGAGGGGGCCAGAAACCGCCACUGUCAUCGUAAAUUCACACAUUCUGAAACUCUUCUCCUGGUUCGGUGGUGUAUGAUUCCGGGCUUUUUCUGUUUCGAAUACGGGUACGGAUCUCGUAUCCGUCUGAGUCGUGGACAUAGAUCACCACAUUUCAUGCCCGUAUUGGGAAUGAACGGGUAGAUCAUGACUAGUUUUUUGGAAGGGUCUCGAUCGACGGCAAUGGUUGAAUGUGACAUAUGUGCAUAUAUAAUAAAUUAGUUAUAUAUGUUUUCAUAUAUAGACUUGUAUUUUUUUCAUUCCACCAUUCACUCUGAUCGAGGAUUGCUUCCAUUUGUCCAAAAUGUUAUCCCCACCCCGGCAAACUUGGUUGAUUCAUCGUGUCAUGUUGGUGUAAAUUCUGUUUUGUAGUGGACCUACGAAAUUACAAGUUAAGUGAUUUUUAUCCGAUUCA